UUGAUUACAUAACAUUAGAAUGAUCUAUUAUUUAAAAUCAAUUUGCAGGUAACUUUUGGUUAGCAUACAUCUUCACACCGAUAAAUACCUAUUUUUUAUUUAGAACUAUACCGAUAUUAGAUUUGUUCCAGUACCAGUAGAAAGUGGAAGUACUCCGGAGCAAACAGAGAGAAAAUCGUUCCUAUGUUCUCUUCUCUUUUUUCUUCUUCCGUUAGCAAGCUGGAGUAAAAAGCAAGUAUUUUUUGCUUCUGUUUGCUCCGGAGCAACUUCUGUGUACUAUAGAACAAACUUAUUAUACAAAACCAUCUGACAACGCUGCUCUAAAGUGAGAAGUGCUCUUCAAACAUCGAUGACAUCUUUUUUGUUUUUUUCCUGUUUCCUCUACCUAUCUGUUGUUUUUCAUCCUGCCAAGGAAUCCAAAAACAUCAGCUGUCUCCCGUUUCCCGAGAGUUCUUCGACCAGUUUUGCUUUCAAAAUGAAGAAAAAACUACAGUUUAACUUCACCAGGCACAAUCAUCAGAAUGACAUGCAGGAAAAUAUUUUUAUUUUACCGUUCAGUAUGAGAAACAUUUUACAAAUGAUAAUAGUGUAUGCCCAAAAGGUAUUUGUGCGGAUCUGUAAAUCCGGUUUUUGUGGAAUAAUUCAACCAAGGGCUAUGAUGUAGCAGCGGUGGAGAGUAAGUCCAAUCAUACGGCUUCAUCCCACCCCGGCAGCAGAUGAGCGCUGGCGAAUGUUCUCAGCCACCUGGAGGAGGAGGUUCAGCGCGGAAGAAAUGUUACCAGACAUCGCCGAUCUGGUGUCUGGACUUUUUCGAUAAUUUCAUAGAGAUUGGGUGUGCAGAUGGGCGGUUGGAGUUCUGGGAGGGAACGACUGGUAACUUCAAGGGUAUAUAUGAAGCCGAAAACAUGGGGUAACUAACAUAAAGCUCGCCGGUUACAAAGUGUUAGUUGCACGGUUGAGUGGACGAAUUGAUUCUCUGAGACUAGAAACGUACACGCAAGGUUGUCAGAUCGAUUGGGGUUUACGUCUGCAUAUGGGCGAAGCAAGUCCUAUGUUUCAAGCAAUUUUUUAAGCUCACCCCACGUACGCACCGAUUCGGCAGGAAGCAUUAGUUUAUUUCGGGAAACCGUCCACAGCGUUGCCAGCUCAACACAACGCAUCCGAGGAGGAGCUUCGAUGUAUUCUGGAGUUUCACCAGCAGGGUUACCGGUGACAUGUUUGGAAGUGGCGGGCGCUACAGUCAUGACUGGCAGCCAGGGCCACACUGUUAAAGUGUUCCGACUCGAUAGCUACCUAAUGCAGUUCACCUUAAACGGCCUAACUUAAGUGAAAAUAUUCAAAGCAGUGCUGCCCAAACGCACAUUUUAAGUCCCACCAUUCUUGCUGAGAAUGUCCUUGCUUGCGCUACGUCCUUUGCUGUCUAGAAAUAGAAUCCAUUCCGUAUAUUUGUUUCGCCUGACCACUGCCAUCGUUACUGUGCCGGUGCAGCAAGUUCGUUGCUACGCCGAGGGUAAGCGAUCACCUGGAUCCAGUUCACUAGCAGCGUCAGCCUCCGGUCGGACCGAUGUUUCUACGGACAUCAAACCACUCGGAGAGCGGGUUAAGGAGAACACUAAAACCGCUAGUUAUAUGGGAGUGAUUCUGCUCGGAGUGGGCGUUACGGGGAUACUGUUCUACGCUAUCUUCCGUGAGUUGUUUUCUUCUAAUAGUCCGAAUAGUGUGUAUACGGAUGCACUGGAACGGGUGAAAAAUGAAGCCAAGGUGAAGGAUUCUCUGGGGGCUCCGAUCAAAGGUUUCGGUGAGGAAAACAGCAGAGGACGGAGGAAACAUGUGGCACACACAACUUACGUUCGGGAUGGUGUUCAGUAUUUGCGGAUGCAGUUCUACGUUCAGGGAAUUAGGAAUAAGGCUACAGUGCAUUUAGAAAAGAAAAUGAACGAAUCGGGUGAUUACGAAUAUCGAUACUUGUUUGUGCAGCUAGACUAUUACCCACACACAACAAUUAUUCUUGAGGAUAACAGACUUAAACAAGACGGACAAAAAUUGGAAAGCGGUCUGCAACCUAUUUUUUAGGUAACAAUUGAACACUACUCAAAAUGCUCAUGAGAUUCUGUAAAUAUAUGUAUAGUUUCGCAAAGUUGAAGAAAAAUAUUAGAUUGGAAGUAGCUACAAGCAUAAAAA